AGAAGUUUACCGCGCUGUCAAGUGUCAAAUGUCAAAAAGUUCGAAAAAUUUUGCGUUUAGAAGUUGGAACUCCAAUUUAAUUCAGCAAAAUGAGUCUUUGGGUUGAUAAACAUCGACCUCGUGAUUUGGCGAAAUUAGAUUUCCAUAAGGAUCAAGCAGUUCGCCUGAAAAGUCUAGUACAGCAAAGUGAUUUUCCUCACCUUCUUGUUUACGGCCCAUCGGGCGCCGGGAAGAAAACUCGUAUCAUGUGUUUGUUGAGAGAACUUUAUGGAUCUGGUGUGGAACGAUUAAGGCAAGAAACUAUGCAUUUUACAACACCAUCAAAUAAAAAAAUAGAAAUUAUGACCGUUAGCAGCAACUACCACAUUGAAGUCAAUCCUACUGAUGUCGGCAUACACGAUCGUGUUGUGAUUAUGGAUUUAGUGAAAACCGUUGCACAAACACAUCAGAUCGACUCGUCAGGUCAGAGAGAGUUUAAAGUUAUAAUAUUGAAUGAAGUUGAUGACCUUACAAAAGAUGCUCAGCACGCAUUACGUAGGACAAUGGAGAAAUAUGUAGCGACAUGCCGACUAAUUCUUAUAGCUAACUCUAUAUCAAGGGUCAUUCCAGCGAUUAAGUCACGUUGUUUGACGAUCCGAGUACCAGCGCCAACAGAAAAUGAAAUAGCUUCAGUUUUACAAUUAGUGUGUAAAAAGGAAUCAUUAAAUUUGUCAUCAGAACUUGCUCUCCGCAUCGCUAAAUGCGCCGAUCGUAACUUACGCCGAGCACUACUCAUGUGUGAAGCCUGUAAAGUCCAGCAGUACCCCUUCACACAAGAUCAGAAAAUUCCAGAACCUGAUUGGCAGCUAUUUAUUAAGGAGACAGCAUCAAUGGUUCUUUCCGAACAGAGUCCUAAGAAGUUAGGUGAAGUUAGACAAAAACUAUAUGAGUUAAUAAUACAUGGCAUACCACCUGAUAUGAUAUUUGCGGGGCUAUUAAAAGAAUUAGUCCGUAAUUGUGAUAUGGCUAUGAAAUGCCAAGUAGCAAGCUACGCAGCUAAAUAUGAACACAGAAUGAGGUUAGGUAACAAACCUAUAUUUCAUCUUGAGGCAUUCAUAGCAAAAUUCAUGGCAAUUUACAAAAAGUUUAUUGAGGAGUCUAUGGGGGAUGCAUUCUGACAUGAAUAUUCAUAAUAAUAUUGUGUGUUAUGUGUCAAAUUAUAAGCUAAAUUAUUUAAGGUGUUAUAUACAUACUAGAGGAUAAUUAAAACAUUAACAGCGGCAGUAUAGUAAUGGACUAUGCAUACUUCUAAGUUGCUAUUUCCUGAAUGUGUUUUCCGAUCUUCAGAUAAACGUGGUUGUUCCAUACCCAGCCACCUUGGUAUGCAUUGCUUGCUUGAAAUAAAAAUCAUCUGAACCGUG